AUGAGAAACCCUAAUAGCAAGCGGCUUUACGAAGCAGCACAUAACGGUGACGUACGCACCUUACUAGAAAUCGCCGGCCGAUACCCGUCCCUACUCUACGGCGGCAGCUGGGUCGAGGCCCCCUACGAGAGCGGCCUCCCGGAGCCGCCGCUUCAGGUGGCGGCCUUUUACGGGCACUUGGAUUUGGUUGAGAGGAUGGUGGCAAUGGAGCCGGCGCUGGCCCACCACUCCGACAAGAAGGGGUUGUCCCCGCUUCACAUGGCGGCGGCGAACGGGCAUGUGAAUAUAAUAACCCGCUUGCUCCGGGUUGACCCGGAUCUGUGCUUCCUCUGCGAUGACGACGGCAGAAACCCUCUUCACUUCGCCGCCAUGAACGGCCACCUCGCCGCCUUGAAACUGCUCGUCGAAAACAUCGGAGCCCGACGAGACGUCACCACUUUUAUCAACGCUAAGGAUGAUCAUGGCUUCACACUCCUCCAUCUCGCCGUCCAUAAUCAGCACGAGAUAGUGGAAUACUUGGUGACAUUUAAAAUUGAGACGAAUGCCCUAAACUCGAAGGGGUUCACACCACUGGACAUGCUGAUUAAUUACCCAAUGCCCAACGCGUAUCCAAAUCUCCUGAAGACGACCAAUUUCCUACGUGGAUACGGCGCCACCAGCUCAUCGGCACUCACCGCCUCCGCCACCUCGCCGGAGCUCUGGGCCAGAAAGAAGGACGCCUUAAUGGUGGUCGCAUCCCUCAUCGCCACCAUGGCCUUCCAAGCCGCCGUCAACCCUCCCGGCGGCGUCUGGCAGGACGACGGAAACUCCGGUCAGAGAGCCGGAAAGUCGGUGAUGGCGUCCAAAAGCCCAGAUCUUUACACCCUUUUCAUAGUCAGCGCCACGUCUGCGUUUGCGUUCUCGCUCGUCGAGCUGACUCUGCACAUGAGCAAUACCGUCUCCAACAGCGUCGCCGCCGUUGGGCUGGUGGCUUAUGCCAAGUAUAUCUCCACGGUGGCGCUGGUGGCGGCUUAUUCCUUAUCAGUGGCGUUUUUGACGAUGUUACCGGAAGACGAGAAAACUGCUACGGGUUUUAGGACCAUGUUAUGUAUGACGGUUGUCGUCAUUUUGGUAUUUGUUGUUGCUGCCUUGAGAUUUGGGUUUGCUCGGAAAGGCCAUCCUGCUUCUGUAAUUCAAUUCCCUCCUCCCAAAUGA